GUGAUCAUUGAACGGUUCGAUAGCGAGAAGUACUUGCCGAAUUUGGACCGUUGCAAGUUUCUGGUUCCCAGCCAUGUCAGCAUGAAUGAAUUGAUGCAGAUCGUCAGGCGCCGUCUGCAGCUGCACGCCGACCAGGCGUUCUUCUUGCUGGUCAACGAGAAAAGCUUGGUGUCGAAUAGCGUGACCAUGGCUGAGGUUUAUGAGUCCGAACGCGACAGUGACGGCUUCCUGUACGUCGUCUAUACGUCGCAGCCAGGCUUCGGAUGA